AUGGAUUUUAUCACAACAGUUGUUAUUUUAGUAGUCACUUCUGUUAUAUUAUAUUAUUUAAGACCCAAAACUUAUCCACAAGAAUUUAAUGGACGAUGGGUUGGUGAAGCUAAACCAGGAGAAACUAGAAUAUUAAGAGGUUAUAAAGCUGAAGAUAAACCAAUUGACUACAAUAUUCCAGGAUAUAAUACUAUUAAUGAUUUAGUUAUGGGAAUGACAAAAGAAAAUAAAAAAGAAUAUGUUGGUUAUAGAACAUGUGAAAAGGUCGUACCAUUUAAAACAAUGACAGUUGUUGUCAAUGGUAAAGAAGUAGAAAAAACAUUGUUUAAGUAUCAAAUGUCACACUAUCACUGGUUUUCUUCUUUUGAAUAUUAUCAUAUGAUUAAUAAAUUAUCAAAUGGAAUUAGAUUAGCUGGAUAUAAACCAGGAGAUAAAAUUGGUAUUUUUUGUGAAACAAGAUAUGAGUGGAUGGCUUUCUUACUUGCUGCUACUCGUCAAGGAAUUGUUAUAGUUACUGUUUAUGCUACAUUAGGAGAUGAAUCAGUUAAGAUUGCAUUAGAAGAAACUGAUAUUAAAGCAAUUGUUGUAUCAGAAGAUACAGCAAAAAGAUUACCAAAAAUUCAUCUUAAAGAAUCAAUUAAAGUAAUUAAUGUUGAUGGAGAAGAAAGUGAUGAACUAAGCUUUAAACACUUUUUAUUAUCUGAAGAAUCAACAGAAUAUCCAGAAGUACAUGCAGAUGAUCUUGCAAUUAUUAUGUAUACAUCAGGUACUUCUGCAAGUCCUAAAGGAGUUUUAGUAAAUCAAAAACAAAUAUUAAUGUUAUCAUGUGGAUAUAAAUAUGUAUUAGAAUUUAAUAGAGAACGAUUUAUUGCAUAUUUACCAUUAGCACAUAUAUUUGAAAUUGGAAUUGAGUUUGCAUUAUUAAUGGACUUUGGUACUAUUGGAUAUGCUGGAAUUAGAACAUUAACUUCCGGAGGAUGUUUUAAUUGUAACUCAGAUUUAGUUGAAUUUAAUCCUGAGGCUAUGAUUGGAGUUCCAACUGUAUUUAAUAGAGUUCGUAAAGGAAUAUUAGAAACUGUUGAAAAACAACCUAAAUUUAAGAAAAUAUUAUUUGGUGCUGGUUAUUGGAUUAAAAGAAAAUGUUAUGUUGAUUAUGCUUUAAGAACACCAUAUCUUUUUAUGCCAUUAGUUAAAUUAGUUGAUGCUAUGAUUUUUAAACCAUUAUGUCGCUCUCUUCUUGGUACUAAUAUAAAAGCAAUUGUUAUUGGUGGCUCUGCUCUUCCUGCUGAAUUACAAUAUUUCCUUCAAGCAAUUUUACCUGAUGUUUCUGUUAUGCAAGGAUUUGGUAUGACUGAACUUUGUGGUGCUGCAUGUGCAAUGCCACAUAGAGAUCCAACAAUUGCAUCAAUUGGUGUUGUUCUUCCAAUGUAUGAAGUCAAAUUAAGAGAUGUUCCAGAACUUGGACAUAUGACUUCAGAUCAUCCUCCUCAUGGUGAAUUAAUGUUUAGAGGACUUCCUGUAACAAAAGGAUAUUUCAAUAGACCAGAAGAAAAUAAAGAAGCAUUUACCGAAGAUGGAUGGUUCUGUACAGGUGAUAUUGCAAAAAUAACUGAUGAUUUACAUAUUUGUAUUAUUGAUAGAAAGAAGAAUAUUGUUAAACAACCAUGUGGAGAAUAUAUUUCAUUAGAAUUGAUUGAAUCAAAAUAUAGUAGUAAUAAGUUAGUUGACAAUAUUUGUGUUUUUGCAGAUUCUUUUCAUGAUUUUGUUGUUGCUUUAAUUGUUCCUAAUAAAGCUGUUAUUGCUGAGUUAAGUGGGGGUAAGCCAUUUGAAGAAGCUAUUGAAGACAAAGAAGUGUUAAAUAAAGCAAAGUUAUUAUUAAAAGAGAAUGAAGAAGGAUUAACAGAAAGACAAAAAGUUAAACACUUUUCUUUUGUUAAAGAAGAAUGGACUGCAGAAAAUGAAUUAUUAACUGCUGCAUUAAAAUUAAAACGUCCAGAGAUUUCCUUGAAAUAUCUAACUAUUAUUCAAAAUAUGUUUUCUUUGAAUUAA